GCCCCACCCCACUGAAUAACACAGCACUACCUAAAAGCAGGAAGUAGCUACGUUAGUGGAUCAUCCAUCCAAACCACAUGCAGCUGAAACAGAAAAACAAAGCCUACAAAAUUAUAUUUUGGGCAGAUGUGGAUUUUUUUAUGUACUGCUGAGGCGAGCAGCCGAAACUUGUAAUCUACACAUCGCGUGGACGCGUUUGGGCAAACAAGAGCAUGGGGCUGCAUCUUGGAAAACAUGAGCAACUUACCGUUCCCAAGGGAUCAUCAACAGAAUCUGAACCCAUCCCGACAGACUCACCGGAGUCUCAAGAUGAGGUAUUUGGACUGGGGGAGGCGGACCUCAACCAGAACAAUGGGUGCUCCAGCAAGAGUCCAGUGGUGACUGACUCCAUGAACGCAGCAGUAGAUCACAGCAGCUGGAACCAUCCGAGCACAGCCGACCCUAAUGCCUCAGGGCUCCGCCCCCACUUGGUCCGCCUCUUUUCUCGAGAUGCCCCAGGUCGCGAGGACAACACCUUCAAAGACCGCCCCUCGGAGUCUGAUGAGCUGCAGACCAUCCAGGAGCACGGCGGAGCUGGCUCAGAGUGCGAUUCUGAGUGUGCAGAGUAGGACCUAAAGUAGAUUUGCUCUUUGCCCUCUCUUUCCUCACACCUAUUUUGGAAACAAAAAAAUAGAAAGCACCGCUGCAGAGAUUAAAGCUAACACUUAGCAUGGCAUCUGCAAGCUCUUCGCAGUCAACAUUCAGGCUGGGUCGCAGUAAGAAGAAUCCUACUGUUAUGGAUCAGAUCGGAAAGUUCUUUGGAGGGGAUAAAAAGAAGAAGGGAAAGGUGAGGAUUGAGCAGGCAUUCAGAGUUCUCCACAUGAGCCUUUACUACUGUUCUAUUUGCGUGAAUUUAUCUUGACCUGAAAUUAUUGUUUGAUUCCGAGAUCACCACCAGUAAAUGAGUUGCGUGUGAUUUUUCUUUUUUUAUUGACUUUUAUCUCUUUAUCUCUUAAGUUUAUUACACAUUGCUGUCAUAUAGUAUCCAGUAUUGAAUAAAGCUGCAAUUUGUUAUAGGAUUUUACUGUGAUUCAGGGAUUCAGCACACAGUGUGAUGUUUAUAAACAACAUAACUUUUAGCUUUUAUAAAAUGUUUAAAUGUAUUCGAAAUGCCUGUGUAACAAAAUUAAGUGUUUUUAUGACUUUUCACUGACAGCAACUGCAACGUUGAAAAGUUUGGUAGUAAUCAGAAAAGAUGGUACAUAUAGCAUAUUGUACAAGGAGUGGUACUAUGUCUCAAUCUGGAUGUUUAUGUUGGCAAAGAGAAUUUUCACAUAUCUAUGACAUUUUCUUAUACAGUAUGUGACCGAUAAAUAUUUUAUAUUUUAUAGCCAUUUUCAACAUCAUGGUGUUAAGGGAGCACCUCAGGGUUUUUCAUGGUACAGACGGAGGCCAUUACUGAUCAGGGGUGCGUUUCCCAAAAUCAACUAUGGUCGCAAGUUCCGUCGUUACCAAUAGAGUUCAGUGGAACUAACGACCAUAGUUAGCUAACAAUGCUUUUGGGAAACGCACCCCAGUUUGGUUUCUAAAAUGAAUUUGCGUGGUUUUGGAAAUUAUAUUUAAUGUUUGUUAUGCUUGUGAAAUUAUGCAAUUUCUAGAGCCUUAACUUUUAAGAAAAGAGGGAGAUAAAUAUUUUUGUUCUAAAAUCAAGAUAUUUAAGCUGUUAGGUGACACACACCAAAGUUGGGAAACUCUUUUGCUUUGUGGGAAAAUGUGAAAUGAGAUCUCGAUUAUGUAAGUUUCUAUUUGUGACCUUAUAUUUAAAGUGCCAUAUGAUGGUUAAAAUGUAACGUUUCAGAAUUACUGACUUGUGCAGUGUGUAACAUUUUGAUUAACUAGUUUUAAUAUAGCUAAAAGUUUUGUGGGGAAAAUAAUGUUAAAUAAUGUGACAAAGAGAUUGAGAUGUCAUAGUUCCAGUUGUAUAAUAAUUGUGUUGCUGCUUUAACCAGAUUUUUCAAACAUGCCUCAGGUUAACUCAUCUCUCUUAUGUAACCAUGUGAUCUUUUAAGUGUUAGUGCCUCACUAGUAACCCCUAUAGAUUUGUGUCCCAUUUGUAACAACAACAGCUUGUGUAACCUACAUAUUCUGGAACAACCCUGAAGAUGUUCCUUAGCCUGAUCCUGUCCUGAGCUUUUUGACAUUUGCUUAAUUAAAAUGUAUGUAACAUGAA